UUUUUAUAAACCGGAAGCGGAAACCGAUUCCUCCGACGUCAUUUUAGGAUAUUUUAGAAGUUAGGAACUGAGGUCGGCAGUUCUGUGGGAUUUCCUACAGUUUUACCACCUUGGCUUAAGUUGUGAAGUAUAAAAUAGCCACCCGAAGAGAAGUAAGCUAGAUUUCAUGAUGAGUGACUGCACUGUAAGUUCAAUUAUCCCUGAAAUUCGCGAGGAGACUGUUCCAUCAUCACCAGAUGUUCAAAACGGUGACGAAAACGUGGUCACAUCGUCUAUUCAAAACAUUCGACUGGACCAGUUAAAAGUUGACGACGAAGCUAAUAGCAGUGUCUACACGAGUGAAGAAGAAAGUGGCAGUAGGAAUGCGUCGGAUGAAAAUGAUCGUUCGAAAUCUCCUGAGCCAGAAUUUAUCCCACCAGACGAUGAACUACGUGACAAAAUCGUAAAACAAGUUGAGUUUUACUUCUCAGAUGUAAAUAUUCUGAAAGAUGCAUUUCUUUUGAAACAUGUUCGAAGAAACAAACAAGGGUAUGUAAGCAUUAAGCUUAUUACAUCAUUCAAAAAAAUGAAAUCAUUAACAAAAGACUACAGAGUAGUUGCAUAUAGCUUAAGACUCUCUGAGAAGCUUGAUGUAAAUGAAGAGGGUAGAAAAGUACGUAGAAAAGAUCCUCUUCCAGAGUAUGAUGAGACAAUACCGUCAAGGUCUGUUGUAGUUGUAAACCUACCAAUGGAAAAUCCCACUAUUGAAAAUGUCGCAGAAGUUUUUUCAAAGUGUGGAGAAGUUUCAUUGAUUAGAAUUCUUCGUCCAGGAAAGACAAUUCCUCAAGAUGUGAAGAAGCAUGCAAAUAAACAUCCUGAAAUAGGAACAACAACAUGUGCGGUAAUAGAAUUUGAAAAACAUGAACAUGCAAAAUUAGCUGUGGAAAGUUUGAAUAAUAAUGAUGACUGGAGGAAAGGGAUGAGAGUAGUUCUCCUUUCUGCUCAAAAGAAGAAAGAUAGAAAAGAUCAGAAUGGACAAGGUAAUGAUACUGGAAAAGAAGAUGAUGAAGAAGAUCCCAAAAAACAGAAAAAAAGACGUGAACGACGAAAGAAAAACCGAAUUGAUGAACUUGCUAAAAACAAUGAUUCUUCUUGUUACAGUAGUGGCUCAGAGGUUGAACAUUCAGGACGUGGUCGUCAGUCACAUCAAAAGUCAUUGAGCCCUAAUCAUUUAGAAGUUAAUAAACUAAGUCCAGGUAAUUCUCCAAGAUCUAGUCCUAGGUCAAGUCCAAUGACUAGUCCAAGAAUGCAAAGAAAUAAGUUUCAGCAUGGUAAAUCUCCAUUGGCAGAUAACAGUCCAAACUUGAGCCCUAGACAUAGUCCUCGGAGUAGUCCAGAAACUAGUCGCAAACAAUACAAUGAUUAUUCCUCAGGUGGUGAGGGUAGUCCAUCAAGUCCAUGGAUCCGUCGUAGGAUGUUGAAAGCUGCACAAGAAAAGAGUCCUCUUGCAUCAAAUGAAAGUAAUGGACCAAAACGCAUGCAUGACAUGGAAGGUGUGGUACGUCAACCUAAAGGACCAGAUGGUACUAUAGGAUUUCAUCUUGGUAGAGGAAAACCAAGAAGUAGUACAUUCUCUUAAUUGUUAUAACUUAUAGGCAUUACUAAAUGUUUAUUACAUGUUUAUUACAUGUUCAUGUACAAAAAAAAUGUAUUAAGGCCAAAUGAAAAAUAUUGUUACAGGGAAAACCAUUUUAUUUUUCUUAAUCAGUCUAAUACAUAUUUGUAUAAACAUGAUAAAAGCUAAGGAUAUAAAUUAUCAAACAGUAAACUGUCCAUUUAUUUAGCUUUGUAAUUAAACACAAAUAAAGUAGUUGUUUAUCUUUUGGAGUUUAAAGUGAGAAUCUAGCAAUAUUUAUUCUCUUUUUCAACUAUGUAAUUCAUUGGUAGGUUGGUUAAUAUGAGUAUAAUCUUAAUUGUUACAACUGUACAUGAAAACAAUGAAAUCAUCAAAAUGUCUUCAUCAUUGAUAAACAUUAUUAGUACAUUUUUCAUGUUUUUUGUGCAUAUAUUUUUUAUUUGGUCUUAAACAUUAUUUAUUGUUAAACUGUCCCUGUCCUUGUCUUUGUUGUGAUUGAAUAUAUAGACGCAUUUAUUCAUAGAUUUUCACAUCUUCAUAUAAAAGUAAUAUUUUACAAAGACUUAAGUAAGACAGAUUUUAAUCUAAAGCCAGUUAUUACUUAAUUAUGAUUAAAAGUGCUGUUGUGAUAGUUUAUAUUAUUGUUUGUCAUUUAAGAUAUCAAAUCUUGUAGAAAUAUUUUUUUUUCAGACAUUUUUUAGGGGGAGUCCUGUCAGUAAAUAUUAUUAUGAUUUUCAGAGUUAUGUCAGUCCAUGUCAUUAUGUGUAAAUAUCAUGAUUUGAUCACUGAGCAUGUCAAAGCACUAAUUUAAUUAAAAUAAUCAAAUUGUCUCUGGAUGUGAACAGAUUGCCUUCAACAAAUAAAUGUAAUUUAAUUUGCAGUAUAAGUUAAUUUCAUUAUACAAUCUGAGACUAGAACACAAUUAAUUAUGAUUAAAUUGACAACUGUCAAUCAGUUUUUAGUAAAUACAGUUUAUUAUUUCAAUGUCAAGACUAAUUAUACCUAUUGGGAUUUAUCCAAAAUUUAAUAAAGAUUUAAAAUUACUAUAUAUAUACACUAUGUACAUUUUAUUAGGAAAACUUUCUUUUAAAUUAAUAAUUUUAUUUUAAACAUCCUCAUAAUCAUAACUUAUGGUACAAGGGAGACAACUUUGAUUAUAUAGCAUAAGCUGUUCAAAUGUUUAAGACUGAUGAAGUUACCCUAAUGUAAUAAAGCGUGCAAUCAAACUUUAUUUAUUUUAUCAUUAUUUGAAUUUUAAUAACUUCAGUUUUUACACAUUCAAUCAUGAAUAAAUAAGAAUGAACACGAAAGUAUAUAUUUUUUAAGUUGUUUUAUUUUAUAAAGUAUAUAUUAACCAUGUUAGCAUUUGUUUGAAUGUAUGUACCAGGCCAAAAAGUCAUGAUAAUGUCUUGUUCUUAGUUUAAUGAGGGCAUAUAUUUUAAAAUAUCUUUUACAUGUUUGUGAUGUAUGGUUUACAAUUUUUCUUCACUUUUGAAGAACUUAUUUUCACAUUUUUGGCCAAAUUCUAUAUGUAUGUUCAUACAACGUAUGUAUGUACAAAUUAAAUUCAUACCACAGUAAGAACAAUUUCUGUGACCAUUAUUUUCUAAAUAUAGUAACAAAAUGAUAUUUUGUACAACAUCAUGUCACACCAGUCUGCAAUUAGGGGCCCAUUAAGCAUGUUAAAGGGUGGAAAAUAAGUUUUACUUUUGUGUUAUCAUUUUAAUCUCUUAACAGGUCUUUUUUUAUGUCCAUUUAUCAUGUUUAAUCAUGAAGAAUAUAUUGUUUACAAGAUUAAUAUUGAAGAAAAAAAUGUAAUAAAAUCAUCACUAGGAUUUCACAAAAGGGAUACAUUUGUCAAGAUUUUUAUGAAGAUGUGCACCAAAAUUACACCUAUGCCUUAAGUGCAAGAAGAGAUAACUUUAUUAAGCAUUUAAUUGUGUUCAGGAUCAAGUUUUGAUAUUAUUAUUACUGUACAUCAUGUACAUGUAGUUCUGAAAUUAUUGCAUGCAUUUAUUGAUACCCUCGUCAUGUGCGUUGAACAAUACAUGCACACAGUAAAUGAAGAUUAGUUGAUCACUUUUUAUGGAAUUGCUGGUCAGGAAUAGGGCCGUUGAUCAGUGGUUUCAAUAUUUAUUAAGGCAAUCCUCACCCUGUCACAUUUAUCCAGUAGAUAAUAACAUCACAAAAUUUCUGAAUACAUGUAUACUGUAACAAGAUUUUUUUUAGACAACAUAUUUUAUAUGUUACAUGAUGGCAUAUGUGAAUAAAUAUUUUUCACAUUUUUUUUUAACGAAAGUCAUCUUUUUGCAUGGCUGAUAUGGCAUGAACGGGAGAAUCUUUGAUAGAAAAUGUGAUUAAGAGAUUCUGACAUUGGCUUCCUGUGAAAUUAUAACAUGAGGUUCAUAUAAGCUCUUUAUUGCUGUUAUCUCAUGUCCUCUUCCAGUGUAGAAAAUCAGAUAAAUUUCGAAUUUUAAUGUUUGGUUAAAAGUAUUUAAAGAAUAUUGUAUACAAUUACAAAAUGUUCAAAGUCUAUUUUCACUGUUUGUAAAAUGCCUUUAGAAAUUGUAAUGUCAAACUGUCUUUGUUUGAAGUAAGAAUAAACUUCACAUUUUACAUAUUGUAUUGUACCGGGGUAGAUUAGUUUUUGUUAAGGUAAUACUUUGGUAGUUAAUAGCCACUAGUCUUGAUAUACAGAUAAUAAAUUAAUUCUCUGUGGCAUCGGAUAUCUCUGGUAUCCCCCCUGAAGCUCCCCAGAUCAGGAGGGAAUCUCAUGUUGAUACUGGUAUCAUUCAGAGAAUACCAUGUAUACAUUUCAAUGUACCAUUCCAUUCAUUGUUAUUUUACUUUUUUUUUAAAUAUUUUUUGACUUUGUAAAUUUGUAUAUCUUGAAUUAGGUUUUAUGAAUAUAUUGCUCAUUUAAAGAACUGUCUACUUUUUAUGUGGUAAUUUCUUUUAAGAUAAUGUUUUCAAUUAUUUAUCAUGAAUAUUGUCAUAAGAAGAAAAUGUAUAUAUCAAAUAUUGAUCAUUUAUUAUCUACAUGACUUGAACUUUUUUUAGUCUUAUUGUAUAAUGUCUAAUUUAUGAUCUCUUUUAAAGAUCACAACCUUUCAUCAAAAAUGUUUUAAAUGUUAUAAAAUGCUUUGUAGAAUUAGAUGUACAGUGUAAAGAUGAUCAUGUGUUUAAGAAACAUUUAAUACAUGUAGUAAGCUCCAGUUCUUAUGAACAGGAUUAAGUAUAUACUAUACUGUAUUUAGAUAUUUCUUACUGAAUUGUGACACACAUUUUCAAAAUGAGCUCUUAAUUUCUUUUUAUUCAAACACGUUCAUAAUUAUGAAAAUAAUUUGGAAAAUAAGUUUGUUUUUAGAAAUAAUGACUUUUAAAUAUGAUUUAAGAAGUUUUUGUGACCCUAAAUUCUUGAGAAAAUGGUUUGGAAUGAUAAAUUAUUUAUAUAUGAUAACAGGCUGAAUUUAGUCAUCACUUAUCUAUUCAACUAUUUGGAUGUAACCAUAGCAAAUUCAAACUGUAAUAAUACAAAGAUUUAAGUGAUAAUGGGAUAAUUCUAUUCACUUAAGCAUAAUCCAUAAUCAUAUACAUGUAAUAUACAAUUUCAUCAUAAUUACAGCUCAAGAAUUCUUCAGAUAUAUAUAUUUUUUUGGCUGUAAAACUGCCAAAACUAUUUAUUUGUUAGGUCUUGUCUAUAAUUAUCUGCAAAUGUUCAUUCUAAUAUAAUAUAUUGACAAAAUCCCACCUUUCAAGCAUAUAUGUGAUUCUUUUCUUUAGCAUUGUUUUGUAAUGAUAUUAUAUACAUACAUAAAACAUUGAGCAAAUUUUCAAAAUAGCAAUAUUACAAAAGAUGUAUGUGAAAAAAAGAAGUUUAAAGCUAACACAAAUGUAGGAUAUGUUCAUGUUUAAAAACCCAAUGUUUAAAGAAACACGAGUUGUAAUUUUAAACUUUGACCUGAGAGGUUUUCUACAUUUACAUCAACAAGUAUGGGAAAGGACAUUUUAAAUUAAAUUCUGGGGUACAAUAUGUAAUUGUUCAAAAUAACAUAUUCUCUAGAAUAGAGCAAAUUUGAUGAAAACUUGUAUUUUUAUUUUUGACAGUUUUAAAGACGUAUAUUUUAGUAAAUGUCCAAACUGCUUGUUUUCAACUAGUAAUUAGAUGUUUCAUACUAUCUGUUAAUCUCUCCAAUGCAAACUAUAUAUGUGAUCAUGUGAAUUUGUAUUUAUUUUGAAUUGUUAUAAGAGAGACUUAUAAAACUAUUUCAUAGUAAGGUAUACUUUUUACACAGCAAUUUUUGUUAUUGUUUGUAAGUUUGAUAUGUUGAUAGUCUAUUUCUGUACUUAAGGUGCUGUGCAUUUUUUGUUUAUCAUUUUUGCAUUCCAAAUGCAGAAAGUCAUGGAUUUGAAUAAAAGAAGUGGAAUCUUAAA